UCUCUCUCUCUCUCUCUCUCUCUCUCUCUCUCUCUCUCUCCUGGGAGAACAACUUUUUGAAACUUUUCAAGUUUUGUUUUUUCGCUUUUCUUUUUUUCACGAGAGAGCUCUUUUAGGGUUUCUGGAAGCUUUAAUCUUACAGUGCUCCCACUCCAAUCUAACUUUAACUAAAGCUUCUUACUUUGUACAUUACUCUCUCUCUCUCCCGUGAAAGCUCUUGUCGGUGGUGGUGAUUCCCCGACGAAGCUACUUAUUCACCGGAAAAUUACUAAGAAUUUUCCUGGAUCCGAUUUAGAGGAUUUGGUUUCUUAAAAGUGGGACCUUGAUGGGUAGUUUAUUAGGGAAUGUCCUUUGAAUGAAGCAAAGACUAGUCUUGCUACAAAAGAGGAAAGGGAAAGAUUCCAUUUUUAGUUUGUUUUCAGAUAUUACGGAGCUUUGUUGCUUUGCCUUUUCUUUUUUUAAUCUCUUGUGUCUGGGGGAAACUUGCAUGUGAAGGGAUCUUGCGUUGAACGAAUAAGCAAGCUUCUUGCUACUGUGUGUUGCUUAUUCUGCAAAUCUGUUGAAUACGGAUCAAAACCCAUGUCGGAGAAGCUACUUUUGGUUCUGUUCUCACAGCAAUGGAUCUCUGUUUCUACCCUUAAGUUAAUGUCUUUAUGAGCUAGGGAUUAAAAGUUGUUGUCUUUUGGGGCUGUUUCAACCUCUUGUGGCUGGAUUUGAGAGAUGGAGGAUAUUGGGUUGGUGAAACAAGGUUGGAAAUGGAUGCAAUCUCAGAAACAUGUGUGUUCGAAUGCUUGUUCUGCGGUGCGGUGUUUUGGGGAGAAGAUUGGAGAGCUUGUGGAGCGUCAUUGGCCAUUGGUGUGUAGUGGAUGUGGGAAGCUGUUAGGGCUUCUUCGUCUGUCUAUUGUUUACUGGAAAGAUUGUAUCUUGAGGGGGUUCCGUUGCAGCGCCAAGUUGGGCUCAGCUGCUUUGCUUUUGAUAAUGUGGAGUUGCUUCCUUAGCUUGACUUCCUUAUCUUGCUUGCUCUAUGUUCUCCUCAGUAUGGGAGCUGCUGCAGCUGUUGUUGUGAACUUGGGUUGCACUCCUGGGCUCUUUAUUGUAGGACUAUUUGGUAUUUUGAUUUUAUGGAUGUAUGCAAACUUUUGGAUCACCGGAACAUUGUUUAUAGUUGGAGGCUAUUUAUUCUCCAUAAACCAUGCUCGUCUGGUGGUUCUAGUGGCGGCUGGAUAUGCUAUGUACUGUGUCAAAGUCAGACUUGGAUGGCUUGGUGUCUUGCUCUCAAUGAAUCUUGCCUUCUUGUCAAACGAUGUAUUAAACUGUCUUCUUCAAUGGUGUGACAAUCUAAGUGAAAAACCACAACCUGAGGAACCAAAGAAAUCUGAAGAAACAACCAUAGAAGAAGACUAUCCUGGAGAAUUUGAGUAUCCAUCAGUUCCCAUCGAAGAAGAAGAGACUGAGAAAAAGGUUCAUGAGAAUAAGUCAACUGCUGAACCAACUGCUCCUACUACAACAGUUGUUAAUACUGUGAAGGAGAUUACUAGUGUUAAGAUAGUUAAAGUAGACACAAGUUCAUCAGCUGAUGAAAUGAAGAGAAUACUGAAAAGUUUGAAUCAUUAUGAAGCGUUGGGGAUCCCUCGGCAUAAAAAGAUCGAUGACGCGGUUCUUAAGAAAGAGUAUAGAAAGAAGGCAAUGCUGGUUCAUCCUGAUAAAAAUAUGGGAAGUCCUUUGGCAAGUGAAUCAUUCAAGAAACUUCAAUGUGCUUACGAGGUUCUUUCUGAUAUUGUAAAGAAGAGAGAUUACGAUGAGCAACUAAGAAAAGAGGAGUCUAAGACCAGGAGUGUUUGUCAAACAUCUCAUGCUUCAUCACAUCAGAGUGGUCCUGGUUAUCGUGCAGAAGAGUCGAGGCGGAUACAUUGUACAAAAUGUGGUAAUUCACACAUAUGGGUAUGCACCAGUAGGACUAAAGCCAAGGCAAGAUGGUGCCAGGAUUGUGGUCAAUAUCAUCAAGCAAAAGAUGGAGAUGGGUGGGUUGAACUCAAAGGGACAUUAUCCUUUGAGAGAGCACAUAAGAUUGAGAUACCACGUGCUUUUGUUUGUGCGGAAAGCAAAAUCUUUGACGUCUCAGAAUGGGCUAUUUGUCAGGGAAUGGCUUGUAGACCAAACACGCAUAGGCCAAGCUUUCAUGUGAACAUGGUUGGGUUAGAAAAGACAACACAGAGAUCAAACUCAAGUAGGUUCCCAUGGGAUCUAGACGUGGAGAUGAUGGAUGAGGAUGAAGAAGAGUUUGAGCUGUGGCUUCAACAAGCUCUUGCUUCUGGUUUGUUUUGUGAGACCUCAAAACGCAGGAAAAGCUGGAGUCCAUUCAAGUUAAGCCAGAUGAAAAGCAAGAAACAGUGGCGAAGGACAUCCACUUGAUGUAUUAUAAGCUUAUUACCACAACAGGGUGCAAGAAUAGACAAAAUAGGAUUCACACAGCAAAGUGGAUGCAAAAGAUCUGAGUAGUAUAGCAAGCAUACUUUCUUUGGUGGGGGUCUUUCUCUGUAAAUAGAAGCUGCUGGAUUCUUGUUCACUUGUUUUCCUCAGUCUUGUAAACUACUACUUUGAGCAAAAAAACGUCUUUUACAUGAGAUGUAUACAUUUGAAUACUGUUCAUUUUAUGAGAAGUAGCUCAAAAAGAAAAUUAGUUAUUUACUUUA